AUGUCGGAAUAUGCAGCAAGAAAUAUCUCUCAUACGGACUUCAUACUAAGUGGCUUCUCGGGACCCAAAGAGUGGAAACAACUUCUCUUCAUCCCAUUUUUCCUCUUGUUUGUAAUGUCAAUCACUGCAAACUCCAUGAUUAUAUUUAUAAUCUUAUCGCACAGGGCUCUGCAUUCUCCAAUGUACCUGCUGAUUUGUGUGAUGGCUUUUGUUGAUUUGGUUAUACCAAUAUUCUUUGUUCCAAAUAUGCUGCUUAAUCUCCUGUUUAACUGGAACCAUAUAUCUCUGAUUGGUUGCCUGGUUCAGAUGUUCUGCAUUCAUUUCUUUACAUCAGUGCAGACUACUAUCUUGCUGUGGAUGGCCCUGGAUCGUUUCUACGCCAUCUGCACUCCACUCCAUUACAAUGAACACAUGAGAUUCUCUGCAUUCCUGAAAUUUGUAAUUGUACCUUUGCUCAGAAAUGCAGUUUUCAUUUCAGCAAUAGUUGGCCUGGCUCGAUCUUUGUCAUACUGCCAGUCCAAUGAGAUUAAGCACUGCUUCUGUGAACACAUGGCAUUGGUCACCCUUGCAUGUGGUCCCAUAUAUGUUAACAGUGUUGUAGGACUAUGUUGCGUUUUUUUCAUCUCAACAGCUGAUAUCCUUUUAAUUGCUAUUUCAUAUGUUAGAAUAUUUGUCUCUCUGUUUAAAUCAGGCAGAUCCAGUCAAAAAGCAUUCAGUACAUGCAUCACUCAUAUUAUUGUCAUGUUUGUGGGUUUAAUUUUUGCCUUAACAUCGUUUCUUUCCUACAGAAUAAAAAAUGACAUGUCAUCAAAUAGUCAUAUGGCGAUCAGUUCAAUGUAUUUGCUUGUGCCUACCUGUUUAAAUCCAAUAAUUUAUGGUAUCAGGACAAAAGAAAUAAGACAGCAAAUACUUGAACUCCUCUACCUGGGGCAAGAACUCUCCCCUUACCUGGAGGGGGGCCUUAUGCAGUUCCAGGUGGAUCUCACCCACCCCCGGUCCUUUGCCACUGUGGAGCUUACCAACUACCUCAAUGACUUUAACAAGGGAAUUGGAUUCUGA